CUGCGCAGACCAGUCCGCUACCGACGCAUCUUCCUGCCCCCCACUCCCCUCCCCUCUCUGUCUCCCUCUCCACUGGUCUCUCUUUCCUCCUUUCCUGUCUGACACUAGUCUACCUGAGGGGAAGUGCACAAAGCCGAUAAGGAAAUCUGGCGCGUCGGCUGGGCCCCGUGCGCGCUAUGCUGCGGUAAUAGGCCGCUGUCUGUGGUGUUUACAGGGGAUGUAGACAGAGGACAUAGAGGCACCGCUCUCCCCGACGGACCGCGCCGUGUCUGCUCUCCUCUGCCCAGCCCGCUGCAUCGCUGAGCGGCCUGCGAAGCACACAAGAUGUCGACCAGAACGCCAUUGCCCACAGUGAACGAGCGUGACACCGAGAAUCACUCAUCGGUGGAUGGCUUUGUUGAGCCACCAGCUCCCCCAACGAAGUCUGCGAGUCGUCACAGCCUGCCACGAUGUCGCAACUCUUUCACCUCCACAGACGAGCACCCUCAUAUUGGCAACUACCGUCUUCUCAAGACCAUUGGAAAGGGGAACUUUGCCAAAGUAAAGCUGGCACGACACGUCCUAACUGGAAGAGAGGUGGCGGUGAAGAUUAUAGACAAAACCCAGCUGAAUCCAACCAGUCUACAGAAGCUCUUCAGGGAAGUCAGAAUAAUGAAGAUCCUGAAUCAUCCUAAUAUAGUAAAAUUAUUUGAGGUGAUUGAAACAGACAAGACACUGUAUUUAGUCAUGGAAUAUGCAAGCGGUGGAGAGGUAUUUGACUAUUUAGUAGCUCAUGGCAGAAUGAAGGAGAAGGAAGCUCGGGCCAAGUUCAGACAGAUUGUGUCUGCAGUGCAGUAUUGUCACCAGAGGAGGAUAGUACAUAGAGAUCUAAAGGCGGAGAACUUAUUGCUGGAUGCAGACAUGAACAUUAAGAUAGCUGACUUCGGCUUCAGCAACGAGUUCACUGUGGGCAGCAAGCUGGACACUUUCUGUGGCUCCCCACCAUACGCUGCCCCUGAGCUCUUCCAGGGGAAAAAGUAUGAUGGUCCUGAAGUGGAUGUCUGGAGCCUUGGAGUUAUCCUGUACACACUGGUCAGCGGAUCACUGCCCUUUGAUGGACAGAACCUAAAGGAGCUGAGGGAGCGGGUGCUGCGAGGAAAGUACCGCAUCCCCUUCUACAUGUCCACAGACUGUGAAAACCUGCUGAAGAAGCUUCUCGUGCUUAACCCCGUCAAACGAGGCAGUUUGGAGCAAAUCAUGAAGGACCACUGGAUGAAUGUGGGCCAUGACGAGGAUGAGCUCAAACCUUACAUUGAGCCUGAAGCAGACUUCAGUGACACAUCCAGAAUAGAGCUCAUGGUGACAAUGGGUUUCCCUAAAGAUGAGAUCACAGAGUCUCUACAAAGCCAGAAGUACGACGAUGUCAUGGCUACCUACCUGCUGCUGGGCAGAAAAGCUCCUGAGUUUGAAGGCAGCGAGCCUCUGAGCAACAGUAUCCUGGGUCAGCGGCAGCGACCGAACAGCGACAUCAACAACAGCUCCAGCAUUUCUCCUGCUCAUCCGAAAGUCACGCGCAGCAUCUCGGCCAAUCAGAAGCAGCGACGCUACAGUGAUCAUGGUGGGGAUGAUGAUGGUGGUGGUGUCGUAGAGAAGCCAAUCGGUCCGUCUGUGCCACCAGCAGUAUCCUACUCGAAGCGUGGCCAGGCCUUGAGCGUGGAAAGUGACCACAGGGAAGAGUGGGAUGGAGCACGUCGGCUAGAGCUCAGCACAUCAAAAGGAGAUGUUCCUGCCUCACCGCUGGGGGUGCAGGAGAGGAAGAAAGCUACAAGCGCUGUUGGGACCAAUGGUUCAAUGACUCGCAGAAAUACAUAUGUAUGUGAACGAUCAUCCACUGAUCGCUAUUCAGCUAUUCCCAAUGGCAAAGACAGCAGUUUAACUGAGGUGUCAGGCAGCACGCCAUCGACUGCAAUGAGCUCUACACGACCUCGUCACACUAAAUCCAUGUCAUCGUCAGGGCAUCCUUCAAAGACCACACUUCCCCCUAUUGAUGACAAUACAGAGCUUAAAGCCAGCUCUUCUCCGCGUGGACCGUCCACUUCUCCUUCUGCACACAGUAUUAGCACCCCAGAGAAGAACCGUUUCCCCCGGGGUACCACCAGUCGCAGCACCUUUCAUGGAGCUCAGCUCAGAGAUCGCCGCAGUGCUACUUACAAUGGCCCCCCAGCUUCGCCCACGUUGUCCCAUGACACGGGGGCUCUCGCACAACAACGUAGGGGUACCUCAACAGGGAUCAUCAGCAAGAUCACCUCGAAGUUUGUCCGGAGGGUGCCUAGUGAAGGAGAGGCCAGUGCCAGGACAGAAACACCGAGGAGCACCUCUGGUGACACUAAGGAGGACGGCGGUCGGGACUCCAAGCCCCGUUCGCUGCGUUUCACGUGGAGCAUGAAAACCACCUCCUCCAUGGAGCCUGCCGACAUGAUGAGAGAGAUCAGAAAAGUUCUGGAUGCCAACAGCUGCGACUACGAGCAGCGCGAACGCUUUCUGCUUUUCUGCGUCCAUGGCGACGCUCGCCAGGACAAUCUGGUCCAGUGGGAGAUGGAGGUGUGCAAGCUGCCUCGCCUUUCACUCAAUGGCGUGCGCUUCAAGAGGAUAUCGGGCACGUCCAUCGCCUUUAAGAAUAUUGCCUGCAAAAUUGCCAACGAGCUCAAACUGUGACGGCAGAUGGAGUCCCAGUCUGGUUACAGUUUCAUCUCAUCACUGGAUUAGUGCUGACUUACAGGACAAAAAUCAGCACUGAAGGUUCUCACCACACAGAAUCAGGGUGGACUCGGCUGGUAACGUGCAAUACUGGCCACGAAUGUACUGUACAGGGUAGUGGAUAAGAGAAAUAUCAAGAGGUUUAACCUCUGUGAUAGAGCGACAGCUAAAACAGCUAACCCCUCAUCCUUUAUUUCCCUCCAUCCAACUCCCUAUCUCUCAUCAGCCCACUGCUCCAUAUCGGAGGACGCAGUCAUGUAAAACAUGCAGUAUGCAACAGAAGAUGACCAUCCUGCAAUAAUGUUUUCAGUCUGUUUUUCUAAUCGCCUACUUUCAAAUCUACUCUUCUCGCUGAAUAACCAUUAAAUUUACUGUAAGCUAAAGUAACCGCUUUUCCACCUGUGUUAAGGCAGUAUAUAGAUCUGGCUGGAGCCCAUACUAAAAUUAUGUAAAAAGAGAAUUGUACUGUAUGCAUAACAUCUGCAGGUACUGUAUUGUAUAUUAAUUUUAAGUUCUGUACAGAAUUUUACUGUUAAUAUUGUCUUUUUUCAUGGGAUUGAUUUAUUUCCUAAUAUAAUUGAUGUCUCUUAGAGCAUUAUUCUUUCUGUGAGGUUUUUUUUUAACCCAUUCCCUUUCUUCUCUUUUUUUUCUUUUGUAAAAGCCUCCAUACAGAAAUAGUAUUUUCAGUUUUAUUUAAAGAUCACUAAAUUAUUUUGUGGAAUAUGAAGGGAUGUGUUCCCUUGCCUUUUAUGUUAUAUUUUUUGCCUAUGGAAAAGUACUAAGUUGCACCACAUAGACUUGAGUAGUAACUUCAGUUGAAACUGAAAAUGUGUUCACUUUAUUUUCUCUCAGCAGUAGGUACAGGUGAUUUUGGGGGAUCCCUGCUGCAGUUGCACAAGUAUUCCAGGGUGAAGUCUAUGAACUUGAGAGUAUGCACCUGUUUUUGUUUAUCAUGUUAGAUUGGUAGUCAUCAAUUGCAAAAUUGCAGGGUUUAAACUGAACUACUUUAGGAAGCAAAGGACUGGAUGUCUUUAUCCAAAGGACAGACAAUGCAUGAGGAAGUCAAAUGUUGAGAUUUUUGUUAUGGAAACUUUCUAAAGAGCCUGAUUAAGUCCUGCUACCAGUGUGAUUGUGCAGGUACUUGUGUAUCUCCUUGCCUUUUUUUUUUUUUUUUUUAAUUCAGUUGAUUUUAAUGUAUUUAUUCCAUUACAUUGUAAUGUGCUGCUUUGUAGAUUUGAGGCGUGCACUUUGUUGGACAAAAUAAAAGGAUUUUAUUUGUUUGUA